CCAAGAAUGACUAACUAGUAUCCAGUUCAUCCAGUAAAUAUUCGUCAAGUGCGCUUCAAAAGACAACUCUGUACCCUUUUGAUGUGUUGUUCCAAUUUGAUGUGUUUAACUUUUCAGUUUCAACAAUUUGCCGAACUGCGCCCCAGUUCUUUCCGGUACACUGAUGCCAAAGGACUAUGACCUUUCAGAACUUCUUGAGAGACUACAAAGUUCUGAUUGUCAUGGUACCUUUAAUUGGGCUUAUACAUUUGGGGUGGCACAAAAUCAAAAGCAGCCCUGUCUUCCAAGUACCUAAUAAGGACAACAUUCCUGAGCCCGAUAAUCUAGCACUCACAAGUCCACCGAAGAGCCAAAUCCAAGGGAAAUAGUAGGCUUGCAGCUUGCAGAAAGAAGCAGCUUUGAAUCAGAGCUUGAUAUUAAAAGAAGAAAUGAAAAGCACCAGUUGGAUUAGAAAGAACUGGCUUCUUGUAGCUGGGGUGUCUUUCAUAGGUGUCCACCUUGGAACAUACUUUAUACAAAGGGCUGCAAAACAGUCCAUAAAAUCUCAGUCUGUAGGCAAACAAAAGAGUAUUGAAGAAUGAAUUGAAAUAAAUGUUUGCAAUUAA